AUGCCUCCAGCACCACCCACGCCGCUCUUUACGGUGCCACCUCGCUUUCUGUGCCCGUCUGUACCGUGUCAGUUCGUACGCACGAUCAGGUCAAUCCAGCCAAAACAGCGAGGAGGAACACACCCUGAGCGCUUCAACCACCUGAAGGGUAUGCCCACUCUAGGAGCAUCUCAGGAUGCGGCAUUCUUGCGCAAGGAACACAACUUUCCACUACGCACCGGUACACUCGCGAUCAAGAAGGGCAUGACGGGCAUAUACGAUCCGACCACGGCCAAGCGCGAAGCAUGCACAGUCCUGCAACUCGAUCGAUGCCAGGUCACCGGGCAUAAGAGACGAGAUGUACACGGCUACUGGGCUGUCCAGGUCGGUGCAGGCACAAAGGAGGCACGCAAUGUCACGAGACCGGAGAGGGGUCAUUUCGCCGCGAGCAACGUUCCCAUCAAGCGCCACUUGGCAGAGUUCCGUGUCAAGAACGAGGAAGGCCUGCCUGAUGUCGGCAGCAUCAUCACGGCAGAUCUCUUUCAGGAAGGUCAAUACGUCGAUGCACGAGGCACUACAAGAGGAAUGGGAUUCGCAGGAGGCAUGAAGCGUUGGGGAUUCAGUGGUCAGCCAGCAUCACAUGGUAACUCGCUUACCCACAGAGCCAUGGGUUCCGCAGGUGCCAGUCAAGGAAGCGGUUCGCGUGUCCUCCCUGGCAAGAAGAUGGCGGGACGCAUGGGAGGUGAAGGUCAUACAGUCCAGAACCUGAAGGUCAUGAAGGUGGACCGAGAGAACGGUAUCGUGGUAGUAAGCGGAGCUGUCCCGGGACCUAAAUACAGCAUCGUCCGGCUACAAGAUGCGAUCAAGAAGCCUUGGCCCAAUGUGGAUUUAUCCUCAGGCUUGUCAAACUUUGGAGGAGAGCCAACUAAAGAGGUCCCAGCAGCCGCGGAAGCUUGA